AUGUCAAGGAAUAAUACCAAAAAUCAUAGAUUUGUUCAGUAUAUGACUCCAAAUCUGUUGAUGAAAAAGACUAAAUCGGAAGAACCAGUGCGUGUUUUCGCUGUCAACCUUUCUGGCAAGAAUAGUGACUACAAAAUUGAAAUUAUUGAAAACUUGGAACAGUUUUCGGAAUUAAAACAGCUGAAUUUAUCGUAUAAUCGUAUCUACAAAAUUAGUGGAUUAUCAAGUUUGUGCCACCUCACCUCGUUGAAUAUUUCACAUAAUUGCAUCAAAUCUCUGGAUGGGAUUCAGUUUUUGUCUAAUUUGUUGGUACUGAAAGCUAACGAUAAUCAAAUAACAUCGGUCCCAAAAUGGCUGUGCAAACGGCUUCCAAAAUUGAAGACUAUCCAUCUGCACUGCAAUCAAAUCGACUCCCUCCAUCAAAUAACAUAUAUGCGAUCUUUAUCGAACUUAACAGUUUUCACAUUCGAAGGCAACCCAGCAGUUGAUCAACUCAUAGUCAGUGCUUAUAACAGUUGUAGCAGUGGUGAUGAAGCCGUACUAAAGAAUGCCAUUGAUAAAUUCGAUCCCAAUUCAGUUUAUCGAAUCUUCGUUAUAUUUCAUUUAAAUUCACUCAUAUUGCUUGACAACAAGGAAGUUCUUCCAUUUGAAAGACAAGUGGCUGAACAACGGUUUUCCCAAGUCGAAGUAUCUAGGUAUUUGGAGAAGUUGGAUAAGUGCGAAAGUCGUUUGAAUGAAGUAGAAAAUACGAAAUCUUCAUUGGAAAAGGACUUACUUAACCAUCAGUCUAAGUUAAAUGAAGCUUUGCAGAAAAGGAAUAUGGAAGGCGAAUUAAUAUCUCAUUUAGAAGAAGAGUUGCGUGCCAAAGACAAAAUACUUCAUUUCAAAUCACAAGAACUAGCUCGUGCCUGCUUAAAACAUUUUGAAUUGGAACAAGAAUUAGCUUUUCAUAAAAUCGAUGAGAAGUUGGGUUUAGCUGAUUUAUGUCUUCCGAAACUAAACAAUUCAUCUAACAUAUAUCAAAUUCAAGAUACUGGUGAUCAACCAUACCUGGGUAAAUGUAUGUUUAGCUAUAAACCAAUCAACAGAUCAUCAGUCAGUCAUCUAACCAGUAAACAUUUAUCUGAGGAUUUUUCAACUUCGAUAAAACAGCACAGAUAUUCACUUGAUCAACUUGUACAAAGCAAAAUGCAUCCAUCUGUAGAUUACAAUAAUGUAUGUGUUCCUCAAGAUGAUGAUUUGAAGUCGAAUAAACCAAAAAAUGAAAAUAUUACACUUUUGUCUUCCACUCAUGCUAUAUCGCCAGUUAAAGUGAAACAAGAGUGUGGAUAUGAGUCUGGCAAUGGCGAGGCUAAUCACAAUCAGUUGACUCGACCGAAUUCUGCACCUGAUCGUUCUAUUGUCAUUCCAUCUCCAGUAAAUGCAUUUCACUCUGAUAAAUUACAUAAAUUUUCAACUACUGAUAAAUGCGUUAACAAUGAAAAGUCGCCUGAAUUAUUGAUGAAGAAGAAAGAAAACGUGGAAUUAAUAGCCGAGAAGGUGGCAAAAACAAAAGAUAAACCAUCAUAUGAACCAUUUAAACAUUUGGAUAUAAAACAAGUUCAACUGGCAUUAUCAAAGCUACAGUCUGAACUAACAGAACUUCGAAUAAAAGAAGCCAAUAUGUCAAAAGUUGAUGAUGAUGAUGAUGAUAAUAUUAUGAUUAACAAAGAUAACAAUGUUGAUCCUUCGGACACUCAUAACUCUAAUAGAAUUGAACUGAAUAAUCGUGUACAAUUACUGGAAAAUGAAUUAAGUAAAAUGUGGAGGAUGACGAGUUUAUUGAAAUCACAACCUAGUGAUAUUGGAUCAGAUGGUCAAAAUACUAUUACAACAAAUAUCUGUUUAAAUUCUUUUGUCACUUUUCCGAGAGCAUUUUCAAAGGAAAUGAAACAGAAUUCACCACGUCGACAACGUGAACGGAGUUUUAGUCUUCCAAAUAAAGAUACUGAUCUUAAACAAAUCGUAUCUGGAAAUAAUUUCACUCAUGGAAAUGGAACAACAAGUGCAGGUUCUGAAUUUGGUUCCUGUGAAGAGAAAAUGAAUCACCAUCAAUCUAGAUUAUCUCGUGACAAUACUCAACGUUCAAUAACACCAUCAACGCCUAGUUCUCGAACUACAGGAACUGGUCGUAGCGCUUUAUUAUCUAUGCUAACUCCGCGUUCAAAUGAUACAAAUGAUUUAAAUAAAUCUCUUCCUUCGGGUAAUGAAUGGAAUACAGUGACUCAGUCUAAUGGUAAUCCUUUUAAUGAAAUUCGGGAACCUAUGAAUAGUUGUAUACCAUGUGGAUCAUCUACACCAGUUAGUAUGCAUAAUGUUAAGGCUAAAAUACCUAGUGUGCUUAAUUUCCCGCGUGGUACAGGGGUUGGUGGUGCAGUUCCUCCUCCUGCUCCUCCUGCUACUGGUCUUCCUUCUUCAACUACUCAACCACUGUUUGAAUCAUUUCACUCUAAUUCAUUUAUUGAAAAUAUAAAUGAGGAUGUCGUCGACAGAAAUUUUAGUCAACAAACAAAUUCUAAUAAUCCACAGUCAGAAAAUUUACACAGACGAAAACUCAGCAAUGCCAGAAAACAUCACAUUUCUAGACUACCUAAACCUACGCCUAGUCGUAGGUUUUCUCAUGGUUCAGAUGGUGUACAUUCUAGUGAUCAAAUGUAUACCACACAUCAUAGAAAAAGUAAAACAUCAGUUUCAAAAUGUAGAUCACGUCAAGGUUACUCGUUAGUAAGAUCUCUUUUCAAUUCUAAAGGUACAAGAAAAAAGCAUAAAUUACCACGAUCUCGUAGUGGUUCACACAAAUCUGAACAAACUCUAACCGAUUCAAAUUAUUCAAGUCAAAAUCAUAGUUUAAGUGAUCAUGCUGAAGAACUUCUGAAUUUGAUUGUUAUGUCGCGUGAUGCAUGCUCAGUUGAAGUCAAUCGUAUACGAGCUGAUUUAGCAAGAUUGCGUAAAGCUAAUUCAAAAGGAAUUGAUCGUCUAGGUCAGUCCAAAUCAAAUACUACUGAAAAUGUCUAUGCUGAUCGUCUUCCCCAGAUGCGAAAUCAUACAGAUUCACUAAAAACUAGAUAUUCACCGGCUGGAGAUGAUAAUAACGAUUGUACGUAUACAGAAAUUCAACAGCCUACAAGCUAUAAAAUACAAUCACAACGUGCAAAUUAUUAUCAACAGAAUUUAGUAGAAAAUAAUCAUGAUAAGAAUUUCAGUCCAAAUCGUAUACAGUCUAAACGUCAAACACGUAGAUUACUUCCACACACGAAAUCAUUUGAUGAUGGUGAUGAUUACGAUGUUGAUGAUGUUGAUAAUGAUUAUUAUAAUGAAUUGAAAAUAAAUGAUAAUCACAUAGAUAAUAAUAAUCAUAGUAAUAAUAAUAAUAAUGGAUGCAUUGAUGGUGAUGUUUAUGAUGAACAAAUGAAUUAUCCUUAUCGUUGUGGUGAUUAUAAGCGGGAGUAUGAACAGAUUGAUCCUAUAGAGCACAAAGCUUCGUCAAACCGAAGGAGAACAUCUCAUCAGAGAAAUUUAUUGACCGGUAGACGUCCAAGAACAAGAUCAAUACCUCGUCAUCCGCCACUCAGUACUAAUUAUUCACCAUGUCGGAGGCUUAAUUACGAGCGAAGAUGUUCUCGUGGGCAUUCAUUGGACUAUACUCGUCUAUAUCCUAAGCGAUCGUUAGUACGGAACUCUGCAACGAGUUUACUAAACAACUUAGAAUAUCAUGAUAAUGAUCCUUCCUCAGAGACUGCAGCUUUAAUUCACCUAACUGAUGAACUACUUGGAUUACGUCAAGGUUUGAAGAGAACACGUGAAGUUAAUUCAGAAAGACUUGAAGUUGCUUUAAGGCAUAUUUCACUACUUGAAUUAGAGUUACAACGUCAACGUUGCUUGAAUCAUGAUGCUGAAGUAGUUAGACAACAUGAGAUUGAACGUUCUCGGUGGGAAAAGCGUUUAGCAGCAACACUUGGCGAAUUAAGGUAUUGUCAAACAAAUAUUGGUAAACUUCGAGAACAAGUUGAUCAACUAGAAGCUUCAAGAAAACUUUCAGAUAAGUCUGAACAAAAAUUAGAACGUCAGCAAAUGGAAUUAGAUCAAACAAAAGCAACUUUAGAUGCACAAAAAGAAGCGAUAACCACCUUGAAUAAUCUACUCAAUUCAUUAUUAGGUCUUAAUCCAAAUGAUGUAUCCCCAAGUGACUUGGAAAGAUUACAAGUUGGUUUGCUUGACUUACAGAAACGUAUGCAGCCGGAUUCUUCUAACCAGUAUUCAAAUCAACACCAACAGCAAGUACCCAUUGCAUUCCCUCGUCAAACUCUCCAUCGUGCUCAAUCUCUAAUGACUGGUCUUACUGCACCUGGAAAUGAACAUAUAAACAGAGUGGAUUGGUUGAAUCCACCAAAUGUUAUACCAACUCCUGUAAUUCAAUCUACAGGUGUAAAUCAUCAACUCUACUGUAAUGUCCCUGAACAUCAUGAUUUAGAAGAUUGUCUUGGUCAAUUACAAUACAGGAUAGAAGAGUUAUCUGGUCAACAGGAUAGUACUCAGAAUAAGCUACGACAUGGUAUGAAGAUACGUAAGAAAUUGGAGACUCAGUUAGAGGAACAAGAUACUGUGUUAGGUCGAUUAAAAUCCGAACUAUUAUCCUGUCAAGAAGAUUUAAAGGCUGCAAAACAAGAAGUUACACGUUUAUCAUCUGAAAAAGAAGCUGCACAAAAGUCAAAACAGGAAAAUUUGACCAGUAUGGUUGCCGAUCUAGCCACCUUGGAAGCUACAGUUAACCAACGUCGUACAGAACUUACCACACUAGAAUCUAAUAUACAAGAUUCAGAUCAACAGCUUUCAAUGCUUAAAGCGCAGGCAAAGGAAACUGUUUCAAAAUAUGAAGAAACUAAACGUGAAUAUGAUACUUUAAAGUCUCAGUUGGAUAUGAUACGCUCAGAGAAAUCACUGGCUGAUGAAAACUUAGAACAAUUACGCAUCAAAUUAUCAAAAACUAAUCUUCAAGUUGAACAAUUAGAAUCCGAUAAAUCAAGUCUUGAGAAGCAACUGAUACAACUAGAAGAUGCUGUUAACACAAAGAAACUGGAGUAUAAUCAACUAUUACCUAAUUUAAGUGAAUUAGAGACAAGAUUGACUCGUACUCAACAUGAUAUUCAAAUCGGGGCUGAACGCAUACGCACUGAAUUAACUCGACUAGCCAGACAGAUUGAAGAAGAUAAACUUCGUUUAGAAGUGAUUGCUCAAGAAACAGAAACAAAGAAGACUGAAUUAGAAGUUAUCAAGGCUGAAAAACGACGUGAAUUAGAAAAUUGCAAUUCUAAUGUACGAGAGUUGGCUAAUCAAACUGCAAAUAAACAACGUGAAUUAAAUGAAACACAGGCAUCAUUAAAUGCUUCUCUUGAUGAAAAAGAGCGUAUUUUACAGUCAGUUAAAGCACUUCGUUUAGAACGUGACAAUAUACGCAUGGAAUUAGAACGUGAACAAAAGUCUGUCUCCGAAUUAACUGCGUUAGUUACUAGACAAAAGCGUGAAUAUGAACAUCUCACAGAAAUGUCGCAUUUAGAAGAAUCAAGAUUAUUGAACUUAAGUUCACAACAACGUGAUUUAAUUAAUCAAUUAGAAAAACUUCAAACACAAUUAAAUGAAGAAAAUGAAGAAUUACGUGAACGAGAAUUAGCAAAGAUUAAAAAGAAUACAGAAUAUGAGAAUGUUCGUAAAGAUGUUGUCCGUGAACAAGCUGAUUUAGAGCAUAUUCGUAAAGAGAAGGAGCAAGUGGAACUGGAGUUAGCUCAUCUACGACAUGAACGUGAUAUAACAGUAUCUCAGUGGAAUAGUUUUCAAUCGAAAGUAAAAGACUUAGAAGUUCAACAAACUUUGCUGAAAGAUUCAAUUGCUGAAUCACAAUUAAUGUUAGCACGAAUUAAAGCUGAAUCUGAAGCAGCAUCCAAGGAACUUUGUCAAAAGAAUAUUGAACGGAAUGCAGCACUAGCUGAUUGUGAUAGAAUAUUUAAACAGACAACUGAUAGUCGUGAUGAAUUCAAUAUUGCACAACAACGUUUACAGAAAGCUAAUGAAUUAAAACAAUCUAUCGAAUCUAGCUUGAAUGAACAACGUCGCCAGCGUGUUCUUCUGUCAGAUGAAUUAAGUCAUUUAGAAGAAGCAGUUCAUGCUGGUAGAUUAGCUAAACAAUUAGCUGAUGAAAAUAAACUGGCAAGUGAAGAUUCACUUAGAAAUGUGAUGAAUAAAUUGAAUAAAAUACAAAAUGAAAAGAAAAUUAUUGAAGAGGAACUGAAUAACUUACGAAUCUCAAAAGACAGUGAACAAUGUCGCUUAGACGAGCGCCUUCAUAAUACACGUCAACAUUUAGAAUCUGUUGAAUUGGAACUGUCAAAAAAAUCAUCUAAAUUGAAUGAAGUAAAUGAAAGAUUGAAUAUCCUCCAGAAUGAAUUAAACAGCAAAGAGUUGGCAAAAAGUAAAUACGAAGAAAUGGAAAAGGAGCUGGAGGAAUUAAAACAACAACGACAACAGGAACAACAAAAAUCUUCAACGGGAGGUGAUAAUGUAAAUAAACAGAUCUCCCAUAAUCAUCGAUACAAUGAGCUGGAAUUGAACAAUUCGCUUCAACUACAAGAUAAUAAUAAUAAUCUAUUACAAGUAUUAAUGGAUACUAAAUCAGCAUUGAUAGCUGCUCAACGUGAAUCAAAACGCUUGAAAAGGCGUACAGCUCGUGAAGUUGCUGAAUUAGAACGUGUUGCUGAAGAACAGUGUAAUCGUGCUGGUGAUUUAACUGAACAGCUAUCUUUAGCUAGACGUCAAUAUGCUCAAUUAAAAAGUCAAAUUACCACUUAUGGAAUUCUUAUGGAUGAAGUGAUUACGAUUGCCUCUCAGACAGAAUUAACUGAACAUGGGAAACGAUUAGAAGCUGCUCUGUCAGCAGUUCGAGCUGAACUGGAACAACACAAUGUGGUGAAUACACUGAUUGAUGAAAGUGGUGGUAGUGCAUCUACAAUUUUCGGUCAAAGAAUUAAUGAAGUAUUGAAUGCUGAACCAGAUUCAAGAAUCUCACAAGAUCGUUUGCUAAGUGAUGCAAGAACUCAGGUAUUCAAUCAUUUUUUACAAAUUCAUGUUAGUUUUUGAUGGGACUCUUGAUUCGUUGUAUUGAUAGAAAAGUGGUUGUAUGUAUGAAUGAAUCAGUGGAUGGUAACAAAUUUAGCUAGUCAUCCCAUGCACUUGGUGCUCAAAUGUUUUAUGUGCUUAUUUAUCUCAGUGUCAUACUGUGAUUCACUGUAAUAUGGUGUUCGGUGCUAGACUUGGCUAACAGUCGCUACUUUAACGUAAUGGUCGGGCUUGUAUACGGUGCAACAAACUGUACUGCCUGGAAAGAUUGUAUCUGCAGGUCCUUUCGUCAUGGGAUGGAGAUAUACUAACGGCAGGUCUUUUCACAUUGUAGGCAGCUUGACUACUUCAACCGAAAUCGUACUGCUGUUGAACGGAGCAUGGCAGAGGUUAAGAGGAGUAGUGCGUUUCAUUCGGAAAACCAGCAAGUCAACAUGGCUGCAUUUCCACUCUGAGGGAAUAAUCCAAGAGAAGUUGACUACAUAAACUGCAAAUCCCAAAUCACCCAUUGCUACCUAAUAGUCAGCCGUAGGAUCAUUCCUGUGGAAAGAACUUCUGAAAUUCCAACGCACGCGUUCAACCUAAUCAAGGCCCUCAAUCUGGACAAAAGUGAUUCUUUCUUUCAGGCAUUAGUAGCUAAUCCACAGAAACAGUGUUUGACUUAAGCUUCAUGAAUGUUGAUGGUCAUUUUCAAACCAAAGAUGUGGCCUUGUGAAAAUCCGUGUUCCAUAUGAUAUUCAAACCUGCAUCAUUCAAUACCCUAAGUCACAGACACUAAGCCAUUAAAGGGAAAUUGAUUUCCUGGGGAUCUACUUACAGCAUUCAUUAGGAGGAUAGUAUUGUGGUGAGAGCAGGCUGCUAGCCAAAUCGGUAGACAUUAAUUUACGUCAAUGUGUAUGUCCCAAGUAUUGGUCGUGAGAAAAUAUGAACAAAGACUGAUUCAACAAACAACCACAGCACACUUUGCGUAGGCGGAUACAGUUAA